AUGUCGGACGUACACAUCGAUGCAAAUGUCUUCUAUAAGAGGUUGGCGAUUCUUCAACGAGCACUCAAGGACGGGUCGGUGCCGCAAGGGUUAAUCGUUGUUGGUGCUAGAAAUGACGACAACACCUAUAAAAAAUCCACCGUGUUGCAGAACUGGCUUCUCGGAUACGAGUUUGUCCACACGGCCAUGUACUUUACCUCGACGCGAUGCGUCUUUAUCACCUCCGAGGGCAAGGCCAAGUACUUGAAGAACUUGACAAACAAGCCCGACACGGUUGAGUUGUGGACAAGAACCAAAGACGUUGAGAAGAACAAGCAAUUGUUUGUUGACUUGGUAGCGGAAAUGAAAAAGGUGAGCCACGAGUACGGCACCAUCUUGAAGGAUUCGUACGAGGGCAAGUUUGUCGAGGAAUGGAAAGAGGCCAGUAAUGGCUCCGGGUUGAAACAGGUUGAUUUGGCCUUGGUUGCCUCGAAGGCCAUGGAGAUUAAAGACUCGGAGGAGUUUGAGAAUACCAAGAUUGCCGCAAAUGCCAGCGUGGUGAUGAUGGACUCGUUUGUCACUGAGAUGAUGACCGUUGUCGACGAGGAAAAGAAAAUCACCAAUUCGCAAUUGACGGAUCAAAUCGAGGAUAAAAUCGAAAACAACAAGUGGUACUUGAAGUCGAAGCUCGGGAAAAACUUGUUGCAGCUGGUCAAGGACUUUGACUCGGAGUUGUUGGAAUGGUGCUAUUCUCCAAUCAUCCAGAGUGGCGGCGAGUACGACUUGAAGCCAAGUGCACAGUCAACGGAAAAGGCCUUGGCUGGGGAAGGGGUGAUUUUGGCCUCGAUCGGGUUGAGGUACAAAUCGUACUGUGCUAACGUGGGUCGUACUUUUUUGAUUGACCCUGCAAAAGACGUGGAGGAGAACUACGAUUUCUUAUUACGUUUGCAAGAGCACAUAUCCAAGAAUUUGCUCAAGAGUGGCGUGAAAGCGAGCCAAGUCUACACUGGUGCAUUGGAGUUCAUCAACAAGCACAAGCCGAGCCUAGCUGCUAACUUCACCAAAAACUGUGGUUGGUUGAUUGGUAUUGAAUUCAGAGACUCUACAUUCAUCUUGAAUACCAAAUCCGACCGAGUUCUCAGUGACGGACAGAUUGUAUCGCUCACCAUUGGAUUCCAGAACUUGCCUGGUAAAAAGAAACCAAAUGCCGUUUUGCUCACAGAUACGUUCAAGAUAAGCGUUGAUUUGCCAAUAUUGAUGACCAAUUCACCCAAGGGCAGAUCUGAUAUCUCGUUUUUCUUCAACGAUGAAGAUGAACCAGAAAGAAAGGCCAAACCAGAAAGGAAAAUAGUUGAGCCGGCGGACAAUUCCAAGAUUCUCAAGUCGAAAUUGAGGCACGAAAACAAUAAUGUCGACGACAAGAAUGCAGAAAAGAGGAGGCAAGAGACUCAAUUAAAAUUGCAUGAAAAGAGAACUCAGGAAGGGUUGGCCAGAUUCUCAAAGGCAGAUGCGACCGAUGCAUCGGACUUUAAAUCCGUGUUCAAGAAAUACGAGUCGUAUGUGAGAGAGUCUCAGAUCCCCAAUAGCGUUUCGGAUUUGCGGAUCCACAUUGAUUACAAAAACCAAACAAUCAUCUUGCCCAUCUCAGGUCGACCCGUCCCGUUCCACAUCAAUGCAUAUAAAAGCGGAUCGCAGAAUGAGGAAGGUGACUACACCUAUUUGAGAUUGAAUUUCAACUCCCCUGGUGCUGGAGGUAACGUGACGAGGAAAACCGAUAUUCCCUAUGAGGAUGCACCCGAUAACACCUUUUUAAGGUCCAUCACCAUUAGGUCCAAGGAUCACGACCGAAUGAUUGACGUUUUCAAAGCAAUUCAAGAGCUCAAGAAGGAUUCGGUCAAGAGAGACCAGGAGAGGAAACAGUUGGCCGAUGUGGUUACGCAAGCCAAUCUUGUUGAGUUGAAAGGCUCAAGAGUGAAGAAAUUGGACAAUGUGUUUGUUAGACCAACUCCAGAUACCAAAAAAUUGGGCGGCGUUUUGCAAAUACACGAAAACGGGUUGAGAUACCAAUCGAGUUUCAAUAUGGACCAAAAGAUUGACGUGCUUUUCUCCAACAUCAAGCACUUGUUCUUCCAGCCAAGUAAAGACGAGUUGAUUGUGCUUAUACAUUGCCAUUUGAAGAACCCCAUCAUGAUUGGAAAGAGAAAGACUUUUGACUUGCAGUUUUACAGAGAAGCGAGCGAUAUGGCGUUUGAUGAGACGGGCGGCAGAAAGAGGAAAUACAGAUAUGGCGAUGAAGACGAAUUGCAGCAGGAGCAAGAAGAGAGAAGAAGAAAGAUGUUGUUGGAUAAAGAGUUUAAGCAAUUCGCCGAGGCCAUCGCGGAAAGCUCGCACGGGAUCGUGGACUUGGACAUACCAUUUAGAGAAUUGGGGUUCCAAGGUGUGCCCUUCAGGUCCUCAGUGUUGUGUAUUCCCACGCGUGACUGUCUCGUGUCAUUGAUUGAUCCGCCUUACCUCGUUGUCACCUUGGAAGAAGUUGAAAUUGCCCACUUGGAGAGAGUCCAGUUUGGGUUAAAGAAUUUCGACUUGGUGUUUGUUUUCAAGGACUUUGCUAAGCCCGUGGUGCACAUCAACACCAUCCCUAUGGAGUUGUUGGAGGAUGUCAAGACAUGGUUGACUGAUGUCGACAUCCCCAUCAGUGAAGGGCAAAUGAAUUUGAACUGGGCGCAAAUCAUCAAAACAGUGCAAGCUGACCCAUACCAGUUUUUCUUGGAUGGCGGCUGGUCGUUCUUGACGGGCGCGGGGGAGUCGGACGAAAGUGAUUCUGAAGAUCAAGAGAGUGAGUUUGAGGCCAGUGAUGAAGACCCGCAGGAUGAGAGCGAGGUCAGUGAAGACGAUUACGCCAGCGAUGAAGACGGCAGUGACUUUUCCGGCAGUGGCAGCGGCAGCGGCAGCGAAGCCGAGAGCGAGGAAAGUGGCGAAGACUGGGACGAAAUGGAGAAGAAGGCAGCCAAAGCCGACCGUCAAAGCGGAUUCGAGUAG